AUGCAUACAAAACAGCGUGGAUUAAUCGUAUAUUCGCUACAAUUAAUGUAUUUUCAUUUUACGACAUACUAUGUUUUUCAUUUUUAUUAACACUGAAUCGAUUCGUGGCUAUAAUUUUACCAAAAUACAAUGUUUUGUUCGAAUCAACAAAGUUGUAUUUUGUCCUCUUUUUCGCAUGGUUGACAGUCUUUGCACUUACAUUUGUGGACUUUCAUUAUUGCACGAGAAGUUUUCAAGUUUCAACAUUGCUUUGGAUAAGAGAUUGUAGCAAACAAUCAAGUGAUAGCGGACAAGUUUUUCUAAUUUUCUUCUAUAGUUGCGAGCUAUUUCUAUCACUUAUAAUAUUCGUUAUGUACUGCGCAAUUAUUUCCACAAUACGUCAUCGUUUCACUUCAAUUAAGAAUGAAGCACAAACAACUGAUGGAAGAUAUGGAGGACAUAGAAUGAACAUGUUGGAAAAUAUUAAACGUGAACGAUCGAUGUUAAUUCUAGCUGCAAUGACUUCUGGCUCAUUAAUAAUUUCAGUAAUAUUAGUUGGUAUUUUGCCAAUGCUUUUGAUGUGUCGAGGCAGUCUUAAGCAAGUAAUUGAAACAUACAAUAUGCCAGGUUUACAGUAUGAUAAGAAAACAUACGGUAUACAGUACGCUAAGGAGGCAUGCGGUAUACAGUAUGUUAAGAAAAGAAAAAAGCAAAGGAUUUAA